GUCCCCGCCGCCGCUAUGGAGACCAUGACCUUCCCCCGCUACAGCCCCGACGACAUCAUCAGCUACCUCCGCUCGCACAUCCUGGAGGGCGCCGAGGCUCGCAACCUGGUCAAGGGCGACGUGUUCGGCAGCCCCAGGCUUGAGGUUUUACACCUGAUUUACCUGAGAAUCCUGCAGAAAGUGUGUGGGAUCCGGCUGGAGCACGCCUACAUGAUGCCCCUCAACGUUGACAUAAUGUACCCCCAGAUCCAUGAAGGCUUUCUGCCUGUCUGUAACUUGUACAUUCACAUGGAGCGCUUGCUGCCCAUGUGCCGGAUUAGUGACUUCCAAAUUGCUGAUGUUUUAAACCCAAAGACCAAGAGGACUGUUCGCUUCUUGAGUGGCAUCCUCAACUUUGUGAACUUCAGGGAGUUCCGGCGUGAGGUCUACCUGGAGCUACAACAGAGCUAUAAAUUAGCUAUGGAGAAAAACCAACACCUGGAGGCUGUGAAUCAGGAGGCUGCACUGAAGCUGGAGAAACUGAACACAGUCCCAGUUGAACACGAGGCAGAGAUCAAGCAGCUCACAGAGAGCAUUCGGGAGCUGGAGCAGCUGCUGAGGCAGGACUAUCGUCGGAAACAAACAGCUUUGCAAGAAGUGACUUCUCAAAAGAAGACAGAUAUUGCUGAGAGAACCCAAAAACUGAAUGAGUGUAAAGUGUCUCUGGCUACUUUGAAAGAAGAACAAGAGCAGCUGAAAUCCAAAAUUGUGGAGAGUCCAGAAGAACGGAAAAGUUACAACGAGAUGAUGAAAGAGACUAUUAAGAAAUUGAAGAGAUCUAAGCAAGAAGUUACUGAGAAAUAUGAAGGUUAUAGAGAUGUAGUAGAGGUUCUGCCAUCAUGCCAAGUGGAAUUGCAGUUAUACCAAAGGAAGAUGGAAAUACAGGGAGAAAAUGUGGAGAGACUGGCCAGUGUCUCAUCAGAGGCCAGAAAUCUGGAGGACCAACUUGAGAGUGCUCAGGUAGAGCUGAAAAAGGCCAAGACAGAUGAAAUGUCCCUGAAGAGAGUGGUCACUGCAAAACAUGAGAAGCUUGCCACAGCUGAGAUCCAGCUUAAAAAGAUGCGUGAAGACAUUGAGCAGCACAAGUGCACUGUGCUCGAACAUUUUAACAAAGUCCAGGAGAAGAGGGGUGCUGUGUAUGACAAAGUUAUGGCCAUUCGCAAGGAAAUCAAACAGAAAAAGGACAAAAUUGAGCAGCUGAAGGACGAUGCUGAAGAAAAAGCAACAAAAGCCAAGGAAAUACACCUAAUUUUGAAGGCUGUAUUGGACAAGUGUCAUGAAUCUCUCCUUAAGGCAGUAAAGACUUCUGCAGCCUCAAGAGCAGAAAAAAUUGAUGAAAUAAGGGAAGGGCUGUUCAGCAUUCAAUCUUCUGUAAAUGCUUCUUAGGCCUGUCUGAACUUGUGUUCUGCUUUUCAUUGUGUUCGUGCUCAUACCUGAACUUGAGAGCUUCUGCUUUGCAGGGGAGGGAUAAUAAUUCCAGGCAAAUCCAGCUUUCUCCAAAACCAUGUCAGAACACGUUUAGCUUUCCAGGCUGAUCCUGAUGUCAUGAGCUUGCUGAUGAUGUGGAUAAGAAAACACUCAGUUUCUGGUGUUUCAGUCUGCAUCUGGUUUUAGUGGUGAUAUUGCAAGCCUUGCUGUCACCAAACUGCUCAACAUUUUAGACAGAACCGUGCAUUUGUAGAAACUGUUCUGCAAACUUUGAUCUGGGAACUCCUGGUGCCUUGGUCUGGCUUGAAUGUUCAAGAUAAGUCAGGAACAGGUGAUGCUCCACCACCAUUAUUCAAUCAAGAUGAAAUCCUGACAAAGCAGUAGCAUCCACCUAAAUGCCAAGUUGCUCUCAUCAUAAAUAUUUCUAACUGUAAAUACUCAAAUACCAUUUAAAUAUCAUUUUAGUUAACAGUACACUCCCUGUCAAUGCUUGAACUCAUUGUGUCUGCUUUGUGGGGUAUUGAACCCUCAUCUGUGUUCAUCAGUCUGUGUUAGGAUGCUAUUAAAUGUAGAUUGAUGUUUUCUACCUUAA